CCUCCCUCCCUCCCUCCGCGGCGUCGGUAUAAAAGGCGCGCGCAGGGGCCCCAGAAGGGAGUUCGCGGAGGGCGCGUCGAAGAUGGCGUUUCCAGCGCCGAAGGAAGGAAUUGGAAGGACAGCAAAGGAGUGCUGGGACAACUGUGACGUUCCAGCCCUCACCACGUGCAGCAAUGCAGAUAUUUUCCGCCGAAUCAAUGCCAUGUUGGAUAACUCGCUCGACUUCAAUGGAGUCUGUGCAACGCCCAUCACAAAAGAAAGAAGGGAGCUGCUGCCAGACUUCCAGGACCCGGAGGGAUCGGCCGCCAGCAGGAUGCUCUUCCCACCGUCGGCGCAGGAGUCCUCUCCCCGCGGCCUGCCGGACGCCAACGACCUGUGCCUUGGGCUGCAGUCGCUCAGCCUGCCGGGGUGGGACCGGCCCUGGAGCACGCAGGACGCGGAUGCAGCAGCCCAGCCCAGCACCGCUCAGUCGGUUCUUAACAUGCUCAGCAACCCUCUGGGGAAGCCCCCGUUGGGUUUCCUGCCGCUGGACCCCAUUGGCUCGGAGCUGACGGAAAGCCUUCCGGGCCCGGCGUUAAGGAGCUCCCGCCUGGACAGCAGCCGGUCGCUCUUGUAUUCGCGCUCCAGCAGCCCCUCCGACUCCGACACCAGCGGAUUCAGCUCCGGUUCCGACCACCUCUCAGACUUGAUUUCAAGCCUCCGCAUCUCUCCGCCUCUGCCAUUCCUGCCUCUCGGUGGUCUCGCCAGAGAUUCCUUAAAUGGAGCCGGCUCCCACCUGGACCAGGAUCAAGCCACUCUGGCCGCAGUCACGUCCACCCCGACCGCCAUCCCCAAGCAGUGGCCCGGAGCCUCCACUUGGCCUUCGUGGAACCUGCCGGACCCUUCCUCCCCGGAGGACCCCUUCAGCAUCGAACGGGAGGCGAAGCUUCACAAGCAGGCGGCAGCCAUGAACGAAGCCACCUGUACAUGGAGCGGGCAGCUCCCGCCCCGAAACUACAAGAAUCCAGUCUACUCCUGUAAGGUGUUUUUAGGAGGAGUGCCUUGGGAUAUCACAGAAGCGGGUCUGAUCAGCACUUUCCGUGUGUUUGGUUCGUUGAGAGUGGAGUGGCCUGGUAAGGAUAGCAAGCACCCUCGCUGCCCUCCCAAAGGUAAUAUGCCUAAAGGCUAUGCUUACCUGGUAUUUGAGUCCGAGAAAUCGGUGCGCGCUUUACUCCAGAAUUGUUCCCGUGAUGUGCUGAGCCCCAGCGGCCUCAGCGAGUACUAUUUCAAGAUGUCCAGCCGCAGGAUGCGCUGCAAAGAGGUGCAGGUCAUUCCGUGGGUCCUGGCAGACAGCAACUUUGUGCGCAGUCCCACCCAGAGGCUUGACCCGGGCAAAACCGUCUUUGUGGGAGCUCUCCAUGGGAUGUUGAAUGCCGAGGCCUUAGCGGGGAUCCUCAACGACCUGUUUGGGGGUGUGGUAUACGCAGGCAUCGACACGGACAAGCACAAGUACCCCAUCGGAUCCGGCCGUGUCACCUUCAACAACCAGCGCAGCUACCUGAAAGCCGUGAGCGCCGCGUUUGUGGAGAUCAAGACGACCAAGUUUACAAAAAAGGUUCAGAUUGAUCCGUACCUGGAAGAUGCCAUGUGUCAAGUCUGCCGCUCUCAACCAGGUCCCUUCUUCUGCAGAGACCAGAUCUGCUUCAAGUACUUCUGCCGCUCCUGCUGGCACUGGAAACAUUCCAUGGAGGUCCUGCACCACCACCGCCCGCUGAUGCGCAACCAGAAGAACCGGGACGCCAGCUAGAGCCCGGCGCGGCUGCCUUGGGUCCACCUGCCACAGGGAGGGAGAGCGAGCGAGAGGAGAGGAAGAGGGGCCUGGCAAGCUUCCCGGGGUCACGCCAAUGCCUGGGAGGUGCCCGUCUUGGAAGGACUAUCGGGGAUUCUUGCCUUCACGUUUGCACUUGCUGGUCUUUAUUUGUUUUUCUGCACUUUUUAAUGCACAGUGGAUUUUUUGUCGGGGGGGGGGGGGUUGUUUGAGGGGGGGGGGGUUCGGGAGGGGAUUCUGCGGUUCCCAGACUUGGGUCCCUUGUUGCUGACGAGAAGCAUGAAGGGGCCUUGCGUUGAGAAGGUGUUGAAUGCGGAUGCCUUCGCUUCAGUUUCUUAUUUAUCGAGGGCCCUUUUUUUACAUUCCUUGCAAUACUGGUGGUAAUAAUGCAGGUCUCAUUGGCUCGGUUUUUUUGCAGUUGCCAUACAGUGCCUUUCCAUUCAUUUAAACCCCCCCAUCUGAACGGAGCAAAUCAAAUGUUCAGCUGGCGUUUUUUACUGUAACAACAAGGAGACUUUGUUCUUCACUUAAACCAAAUCAUAUUUCCUAUUUUACGCUCCAGGAUUUUUACCAGUUCCUUUUUACACUCUUGAAAAAAAAACGGUUUUUAAGUCGUUGGAGACUAGAUUUUUUUCUUUCCUGGCAGCUUUUAACAUCAUUGCAACUUGUGUCUGGGAGCUGUUAGUUUAACCAAAAAAAAAAAAAAAGUUUCUCAAGUUGUGAAUAAGCAGUAUUUGCAACCCAGAAGGACAGGAUUUUCGGAUUUUGAAACCGGACCGGAUAAACGAUCUCUGAGCUGCUGUAUAUAGUUUGUUGCACUUUAAGUUGCACUUCAAAGGGGGGCUUGAUAACAGGUUUUUAAUCACAAAGUCACAAGACUUCAAUUUUCUUUUUUAUAACUGAGCUGAUUCGAGGGCUGUGCUUUCAGGGUUCCUAGAAACCCUUUUUUUUCCCUGUCGAGAAGAGAGAGAGAUGUGCGAAGGAGGAGCGCGGCCCGCAGAUUGUGCCGGGAGUUGAAGUUUUGAUUUUGUUUUAUUUCUUUCCCCCCUCUUUAUUAGAAGCUGUGUGCCAAAGAACCAGUGUCAUAUGUUCUCCCUUCUUCCUGCUGAGCUGAUGUUGCAUAUUCCAGCUGCUCUUUGUGGGGUUUUGUGAACCAGUAUGUGAAGUCUCUACCUCAUUGUAGUAUAUGCAGGCAAGACUGCACUCUCCUACGGAUGUGUGGAGUAAGCUGUGAUGUAGUUCUUGGCACAUAAUAAAACACGUUGCAGCAGA